GUUCCAUGUUGAUCCAAGAUGGAGGUUCGAGUGUCUGGUCCUGUUUUGUCUUCUUUAUUCCUAGAACUGGCAAAUGGCAAAGGAGACUUGGAAGGGUUCCUGUUGGGGGACACUAGCGGAAGAACUGUCAACACAAUCAGUGAUUCUUCUUCUCAGCAUUUGAGUUUUGAACGAAUCGCAACCAUUCAAGGAUUUAUCCCGCGAGAAAGAGCUUUCAGUUUUUACGACAGUGUGGGAAGUAUUGACAAGAAAAAGAUUGAAAUACUUCUUGGAAAAAAUAAGGAGAAUGUAAUUGGUUGGUAUAGAUAUAGAAGAAACACACAGUCUUUUGUUUCCAUGAGGGAAAGACAUGUUCAUCAUAAUCUCAUCAGGGAAAUCAAUUUUACACCAGCCAAGGAAUUCGUUUUUAUUAUUUUUACUGCAUCCACAUCAGCUGGGAUGUCUGUUCACUCCUUUGACUAUAACAUUGUUUCGUCUAGUCAUGUAAUGGGCACUUUUACAAACCAUGAGAUGAAAGUAGUUAAUUUGGGUGACACAUGCCACUCUGAGUACAGGUUACAGCCAGAAACAAUAAGAACCCCAUCAAAAGUAUUUACAGACGUUAUAAAUAUAUACAGAGAAGACUUUAUUGACAAGGAUGGAUGCUUACAACAACCAUUAGCUACACAUUCAAUGUGUAUUUCUUUAAUGACCAAAAUGAAGGAGCUUCUAACAGAAGUUAACAAUAGUGAAUCCACUGUUGGUGUAAUGACAGAACAGGUUCAAAUGUUGAGGGAGAAUUUGGAACAAAAGAAAAGAGAAAUAUGCAUAAAACUGGAGCAAAAAAGGCUGCUUGAGCAACAUGAAGUACAAACAGCUGAUCUGAUUCAAAUUACACAAGAUAGUACCAAAAAAACAGAAAAACAAAUGUCGAAAUCAAAGCAGAAGCAUGCUGGAAGGUCUGGUGCUAGCAAAACACAUAGUCAUUCACACAGAAGAGAGGUAGAACACAUGGACACUUCAACAAGUAAUAACUUAAUUGAUUUUAGUGAUGGAAUGAAUGUCAAUCGACCAUCACACAAGACUGCGCUAAACCAACGUCAGUCUCUUGGAAAUGACUACCAGAAUACCAGGAAAGAUGUUGCAGCUUCACUUGAUGUAGAUGAUGAUGAAACUCAGGACUAUAGCUUGCCUGAUGACAAAUGUAAUCAAGGAGUAUCUACACUAGGAGAGCAAGCAUUAUUAGAUUCUCCAACUUACUAAAAUCAGCAUCAUCUGCUAUUAAUGGUAUUUGUAAUUUUGUAGUUCCAUAAGAUGUCCAUACCUUGUUCAAGAAUAGGGGAACUUUUAAGUGGUGCAGCAGGUUUUUUUUCGGGGGGUGUAGUGCUUCCUCAUGUAUUUACAUGUACAUGGGUCAAAUCAACAACAAUUUCUUUGUAGCAAAGAUGGGUAUUUUCUAGAGAUACGCAAAAUACAUGAAAUGGUAGUAACUGUACCCUUAGAGUUGGUAGUAACUGUACCCUUAGAGUUGGUAGUAACUUACAGUGUGACUAUAUCAACCAAGGCCACCCAAACAAAUUUUAAAUCAAAUCCACAAUACAACUCACAUUUUUAACGCUGCAUAACAGAUGAAUUAGUGAAUUCUGGGUUUUAAACUGUUUCUCGUCCACUCCUUAUCAUACACACACUCGUAUAAAGUAAAACAUGAUUUUAAAGAGGGAAAUGCGAAAAUUUGUACAGAUUCUAUUGUUUAAAUACUCGAUCGUGAUUGGCUAAUUUGUAUGAAAAUUUGUCUUGGUGGCCUUGGUUGGUGUAGUCGCACUGUAAUACUUCAUAGAUGGAAAGGUUUUCACAAUUAUGUGAUAGAAGCCAUGUUGGAUGGUAGGAAGGAUUAGAAGCCAUUUAUUUUAAUAAAUGAUAUUCAAAUAUU